GCCUAGAGCGUCCCGUCCUCCCUCUCUCUCACUUCCGGUUUGCAGCCUAGAGCGUCCCUCCUCGCCUUAGAGGGGAAAGCGGAGGCGUCUGUGGGCCUUCUUCGUCCGGGAGGCUACGAUGGAGGACCUGGGGCGGGAGGUGGACGUGGCGGAGCUGCAGCGCCUGGUGGCGGCCGAGGAGCAGAGGGCCCGCCUCACCGCCCAGGUCCAUAACUUCAUGGAAGUCUGCUGGGAUAAAUGCGUGGACAAACCGGGCUCCAAGCUGGACUCCAGGACAGAGGGCUGCCUGGCCAACUGCGUCAACCGCUUCCUAGACACAACGCUGUCCAUCACCAACCGCUUUGCACAGAUAGUCCAGAAAGGAGGGCACUGAUCACCACGCAGAGCCAGUGGACUUAGCCAGUGCUCAGUCUGAUUGCUGGCACUGCUCCCUGGGCAGACGUUCUACCUCAGCGCAGAACCGGUUAACCACCCACUUACACAACAAAUCUAACUGUUCUUUCCCAGGUGACACUGAUCUGGGUCUUGCCAAACAAGCUGCUGACUAUAUACUGGCCUUAAAUUAUGAAGAGCCAUAUAAACAAGUUGAUUCUGUAUAGUGGGAACUCUCAAAUUGCUUUGUCUUUCUGCAGCUGCAGACCAGGCAUAAGAUGUGCCGAAAUUGUAAAUGAUUUGCUUGUAAAAUGCUUUCUUGGGCUUGAGCUUUAGUAGCUGGCUUUCAAACCCUUUUUAUUAGCCGAUUCACAGCUCCCAUAGGCUGGCUAGCUAAGCCUCCUUCCUCUGGAUAGCUGCAUGCUGAUGUUUCAAAAGAUCACCUCACCAUUUCAAAGCAUACUGAUAAAAAUGUUCAGUUACUGGUGAUAUGAUCGUGACUUGAAUGUGGCAUUUCUUUGAGCUGAGUUUAUACUCACUGAAAUAAACUGCAUAGAAUCCAUGUA